AUGGCCGCACGAAGUUUCAUGUCCAUGACUACGCGGUCGGUGAAUUCUGAAAGGCUGAACUGGCUACGUGUCACCUAUUGGUGGCACUCGCAUAUCCAUCCUGUUUACAGAAUAAAAAUGACAUUGAAGUUUCUCACUGCAUCUCUUGGGUACACAGCCCAUCUAUUCUGUCGCAUAGCCGCAAGGAAUCAAAUACCACGAGGUCCUGCCAAGGAAAGUAAUCGAGAAUCAAAUGGCACCUUUUGCCGUCAUCAGCCAGCGGUCUCCGUGGACAGUAAGGGCAGGAUUUUCGUAGUUGACACAAAGGCUUGUUCAGUCUGUUACUUUAAACCAACUGGACGCUACUUGGGACAGUUCGGGUCUCGUGGUACGAAUGACAACCAGUUCACUGGGCCAGUGGGCAUCGCAGUUGACUCAACUGAUCGUAUCUACGUCACCGACACUCCAGUUCACUGCAUCAAGGUCUUCGAGAAUGGUGGAGAGUUUCUCUUCAGGUUUGGAAGCAAUGGACCGGAAUGGGGUUGUUUCCAUUCACCUACCUACCUCUGCUUCGACUCCAAUGACCUGCUCUACGUUAGCGACUCGGGUAAUUGUCGAAUUCAAGUUUUUGACAAUCAUGGUCAGUUUCUUCGGCUGCUAACAACCCCACUGGGCAUGCUAAACGAUCCAAAUGGAAUUGCGGUUUCAUUGGCUGACCAAAUGGCUGUUGUGGUGGACUCGGGGAACUUCUGCAUCAAGGCCUUCCAAAUGUACGAUCCGGUUGCCUCAGAAACGAACAACAAGAAACUUGAGCGUCAAAAGCCAUCAAUGUAG